AUGAAUUUAUUCGUCUUCUUAACUGUUGUUACGUCUCUGGCGACGCUUCCGAGGGCAGAUGCGGAAGCUGGGGAGACGACUCUUCCACCAAGUUCUUCACAAAGACCACCAGAGGUGUCGACUACAAAACAGCCGUCUUUCAGUGGACUUAAUGUUGGAGGUGUUAGAAAUGGUGGCGGACAACCAGGAGCUCCUCCAAACGGACAACCAGGAGCACCUCCAAACGGACAACCAGGAGCACCUCCAAACGGACAACCAGGAGCACCUCUAAACGGACAACCUGGUGGACCUCUACCAGGAGGACAAGAAAGGAACCCAUUUGGACCGGGAGGAAAUGCUCCUGGCGGACAAGAAGGAUACCCUAACAGAGGGCCUGGUGGACCAAACCAAAUCUCCCCGUAUGGCGGGGCCGGAGGACAAGGAGGAUUUCCUAACGGAAGAUUCGGUGGACCACGUCAAAAUCCAUACGGUGGUGCAGCAGGACAAGGAGGAUAUCCUGACGGAAGAUUUGGUGGACCCGGCCAAAAUCCCUAUGGUGGAGCUGGACAACAAGGAGGAUCUCCAUAUGGAGGAUCCGGUGGAUCAGGUCCGUAUGGUGGAGCUGGAGGGCCAGGAGGAUUUCCUAAUGGAGGAUUCGGUGGACCAGAUCAAACCCCCUAUGGAGGAGCUGGAGAACCCUUCCCUGGGAGACGAGGAGGAAAUCCGUUCGAAGGACCUGAAGGGCCGUUCCCUAGCAGCCGAGGAGGGUAUCCGUUCCGUGGACCUGGUGGACCCUUCUCCGGUGGACAAGGAGGAUAUCCGUCUCAAGAACCCAGAGGACCAUAUGCCGGAGGACGAAGAGGAUAUCCAUUUGCACAAGGAGGAGGAUAUCCUUUCCAAGGACGUGGAGGGCCUUUCUCUGACGGACAGGGAGGGUAUCCGUUCGAAGGACCUGAAGGACCAUUUCCUGGAGGACGAGGAGGAAAUCCAUUUGGAGGACCUGGAGGAUAUCCUCAUGAUGGAUAUGGAGGAUUUCCUUUUGCAGGACCUGGUGGAUGGUUCUGA